AUGUCUUUAGACGACUACGAUGACAUUGUCAAGGCAAACAAGCCAUACCCGCUGUGGCAUGGCUCGCUGAUGCCUGGGAACGGCGACAUGCAAGUAGAAUCCGUCCCUCGGCCGCGCAUGUCACUAACAUCACCAGACUCCCGGUCCACGACCCCGCCACCGGCGAGCAAAUCGCACAACAGAGUCCACACAGCCUCCGAGGAGGACGUAGCCAAGGCCGUCGAAACCGCCCACGCCCGGUUUCUCGACGGCGACUGGUCGCGCGCCCCGCGCCAGCACCGGGCCGACGUGCUGGACAAGGCGGCGACGCUGCUCGCCGCGCGCCUCGACGUGCUGAUCGCGCUGGAAGUCCGGCAGACGGGCCGCGCGAUCCGCGAGAUGCGCGCGCAGGUGCCGACGCUCGUGCGCUGGUUCCGGUACUACGCGGCGCUGCUGCGGACCGAGGAGCGCGCGGUGCUGCCGACGACGGGCGGCGCGCUGCACAACUGGGUCGACCGCGUGCCGCUCGGCGUCGUCGUCCUCGUCACGCCCUUUAACCACCCGCUGCUCAUCGCCGUCAAGAAGCUCGCGCCCGCCCUCGCCGCCGGCAACUCGGUCCUGCUCAAGCCCAGCGAGCGCACCCCCGUCACCAGCCUGCUGCUCGGCCCCGUCCUGGCCGCCGCCGGCGUGCCCCCCGGCGUCUUCGCCGUCCUGCCCGGGCUCGGCGCGACCGUCGGCCGCGCGCUCGUCGGCCACGCGCUCGUGCGCAAGGUCGACGUGACGGGUGGCACGCCGGCGGGACGCGCCAUCGGCGCCGUCGUCGGCGCCAACCUCGCGCGCUACACGGCCGAGCUCGGCGGAAAGGCGCCGCUGCUCGUGUUUGCGGCCGCGGCUGUGGACGCGGCCGUCAACGGCAUCGCGUUUGGCUCGUUUGUCGCCAGCGGGCAGACGUGCGUGGCCUCGACGCGGAUCCUGGUGCACAGCAGCAUACUGGACGAGGUGCGGCGCAAGCUCGCGGCCAAGGCGCGGUCGAUCGAGGCGCGCAUGGGGUCGCCGUCGAACCCGGCGUCGACCAUGGGCCCCGUCAUCUCGGGCGCGCAACUGCAGGUGAUUGAGGAGCUGGUGCAGUCGGCGCUCGCGGACGGCGCCCGUCUGGUGCACGGCGGGCGGCGGAUGACGGGCGCGUCGGCGCUCGACGGCAGCGACCUGUCGCGGGGGCACUUUUACCCGCCGACGAUCCUGGACCUCGGCUCCGUCGCCGACCCGCAGCCGCCCAUCUGGCAGCAGCAGCAGCACGCUGGGCACCCCGUCAUUCGCACGCGGCUGUGGCACGAGGAGGCGUUUGGGCCCGUCGUCGUGCUGGCGGGCUUCGACACCGAGGCGCAGGCGCUGGCGCUGGCCAACGACGGCGCGUACGGCCUCGGCGCGGGGCUCUGGACGACGGACCUCGCGCAGGCGUUUCGCGUCGCCGAGCAGGUCCGCGCCGGCAUCGUCUGGGUCAACACGCACCACCGCAACGACCCGAGCAGCCCGUGGGGCGGGCUGACGCCGGCGAGCGGCGUCGGUAGCGAGAACGGCGUCGACGCGUACCGGGCAUACACGAUGACCAAGAGCACCAUUAUCAACUAUGCAUCGACGGAGGAGUCGCUGGCGGACGACGACUGGUUCAGGGAGGGUGCAGGGUCGGUUCGAUACGGGUAG